AUCAUUAGAAUUUAGUAUUAAUAUACCUCAGCUGGAAUUAAUCUUUUGGGUUUCAUAUGCUAAACGUACUGGUGUACAUGUUACCACUGGACCAAUUCAAAUUAUUGGUAAAUUAAAACGUCAAAUAGAAAAUGAAAUGAAAGUGUAUCGAUUAAUUGGCAAUGCAACAAAUCAUUUCCCAUUGACCUCUUCCUCAUCCAUACCACCAAUAUCAUCGAAAAUGAUUAGUAUACUACCAGUUGAUGAACAUUCCAUUCCAUUAGAAUCGACCGGUAUUCAUAUUAUGCCACAAACAACCACCAUUUUACAUCCAUAUGUAAUGAUUCCACCAAGAUUACCAAUUCAACGUAAUGGUCUGCUAAGACGUCCAAUAGCUAAUUGGUGUGUAUUGAAUUUAUUUGCCAGUGUACAUGAUAGUGCAAUCUAUUUAAGGCAUAGAGAUAAUCUUCCAGGUCCAUUAAUACAAAUGUUAUUACAAUGUAUCAAUACGCAUCAGAAUUGUCCGAAUGAUGAUAAACUGAAUGAUAAUCAACAGUUACACAAUACUAAUCAUCAUGUCAACAUUGAUGACAUGGAAAAAUUGCAUACAGAAGAAAUAAAUGACAAUGCUGAAGCAUUUAUUCUAGUUCCAUUAUUACGUUAUCAACAACUUUGUCCAACUGUUCUCCCAUCAAAUACAACUGUACGUGUACAUAUACCUGGACCACGAUCCACUACAACUACUGCUCCAACCAAUCAAACUAGUAAUAUUGAUUCUGAAAAUACAAAUCUCAAUUCUUCCAACAUUGAAUAUAAUUCAGUUCAAUCAACGAACAAUAACACACUAAUCAAUGCUAUGUCUACUAUUACUGAAAAUUUAAAUGGAGAUUUCAUAUCGACAUCACCAGUUGUUGAUGAAGAAGCAUCACCCAUUCAUCAUAAUGUUGUUGAUGAUGAUGAUGAUGAUGAUGAUAAUCAGAACAAUAAUAAUAAUUGUACUACUCAUGGCAAAGUUGAUCAUACACCAAUCGCUGAAGAUAAUCAUGCUGCUCCUCCCUGUGCCACUGAUAGUCAAUUGACACAUGAAGAUCUAACUCCUGUUCAUCAUCUGGAAAUACAUGAGUUUAAAAUGCGAUGGACAGAGCAGCAUAGAAAUCUUGUCUAUAUUUUAAUGGAUAGUUAUCAACAUGCUCAAUCGUUGAAAAAGAAUUUGUCAGCUCGUGCACUUCAUGGAUUUCGUCUACGUCCUGAUAGUGGCGGUAGUAGUGGUCAUACAACUACAACAACAACAACGAUGACAAACGGUGCCAGUGCUGUUGGGAAACCGGGUGCUAGUAGUAGCAGUAGUAGUGGCAGUAGUGUAGGCGGUACUGCUCUUAGUCGAAAUGCUCAUAGUGCAAUUCAAUUAACAAAUACUCAUAAUAUUAAUAAUAAUAGUAAUAGUAAACUAUUCAAUUCAACCAAUAAACGUCCAUCAUCUACGAUUAUACAACAAAGUAAACCAAAUUAUUUAUCAAAGAAAAUGCCUACAAGUUAUGAACUACAACCUGAUACUAUCAAUACGACAACCACAACCACAACAGCAACAACAACCAAUGAUAUCAAUGAUACAGAUACAGAGAAACAUGACUCUUUUGAGUAUGAAUAUUUUCCAAGAAAUUCAUCAGUAUUGUCGGACUCGAGUAAAUCAAAACUAUCGUGUUUUGAACAGAUUCCAAUGUUGGCACAAUUGUUGGAGGAGGUGGAUACAGCACGUUUUUAUGCGUAUUGUGAAGAGGUAUGUUAA